AACGGUGAAGUCUAUUUGUAUCAUGGAUCUCCGAGGGAAGCUGAUCCGGAAUCACUUCGAAUAAAACGACAAGCCUAUCAGGUGUUUGUUGGAGGUGACGUAUCAGUGACUGUCGACAAAUCAGGUCAAGCCGAAACAGGCGUUUGGGGUCCGUGGUUGGGCGAUCAGGAAUGCUCAAGGACAUGCGGAGGUGGCGUUAAGAUCGAAAAACGUCAAUGCAAGUUGGUGUUUUUCGAAGUCUACGAUUGCACGAUAUUUUUGAGACUCAAUUUCCAUUUCAACAAAGCAGCACACUGCACAAUCAAAAUUCUUCAGUUGAUUCUGUACAAACGAAGUGAUUAA